GAAAAUUAAUUAGCAUCGUUGGUAUUUUUGUUCCUUUCAAUCGACAAUACAAGGACCGCUUCCUCUCUCUCUCUCUAGGAAUCGGCGAUUGCGGUGUUCUUCGUCUCCGCUGGAGUCUUCUUCGUUGAUUCUUCGUCACUCCUUGUCAAUUCCUUCUCUUGUCUUUGCUGAGCCAAUUCUUCACUUCGGAAUGAGUUCAUUGUCGAGCCGUUCGUGGGCGGAGUUGUUCGGUAUUGCUGAGGAGAAUCGCUUGGUGUACGUGGAACCAGAGAUUGUGGACGGGGUAUACCAGCGGAACUUGAGGAUGAAGAGAUAGCACGAUGGAAGCAUUGCUUGGUAGGUCAAUUUCUUUUCUUCAUCCCCUCAUAUUCGUGAGGUUCAGUCUUUGGCAAAUCGUCUCUAGGGAAAGAAAGGAACUAUUAGGGUUUCUUGGUUAUGGGAGUGACUAUUGCUUUUCCAAUUCCCAACUGCUGAGACUGCAAACUGGGUCUUCUCGAGUGGUCCUUGGCAUCUGAAGAACGAUAUGUGCUAUCUUAGGAAGUGGGAACCAGGAAUCCGAGCUGAGCAACCAAGGCAGACAAUUCCGAUAUGAGUUAGAUUUUUGGAUUUGCCUCUUCAGCAUGGAACGGGUCGUAUUCUUACGCGUUUGGCAAGCAUGAUUGGCAAACCACUUUGGUUCGAUAAAUCAACUCGGCUUGGCCAAAGGUUGGGAUAUCCCCGUGUUUGUGCGGAAAUGAGGAUUGAUUCAGAGUUCCCAGAGUUCUUGCAUAUUGUCCCGGAUCGAAGGCCGGCGUACAAUGUUCAUAUCGAAUUCUGCAACAAGCUAGCAAUAUGUACCAAAUGUUGCAAGUUUGGGCAUAACUGUGAGGAAAGUCAGAAUGAGAAGCAGGACACAGAGCCGGUUGUCGAGGUGGUUCAAGAAUUAUUACAAGUUGAGAGUGUGGGUAUAGAGGAAGUGUCAGAAGCAGUGAUGCAGGAUGAAGGCGAACCUGUAAUUCAGGAGGGCUUGCUCCCUAGUGCUGAAGGGAAUAGGCCUGAGAAAGAGGGAUUGAUUCCAAAUUCUGUUGCUGAGGGGAAUAGACCUAAUCAGGAGGGAUUACAGAGAGCUAUGGUGAACCUUGUCACUUCUCUGUAUGAGUCUGCUCAUUGGCAGGGGUGUCUUCCAUCAGAAAAGGAUUUUCAGGAAGCUGUAACAACCGAUGAAAUGGUAACUCAUGGCAAUUAUUUUGAUGCUCUUUCUUCCUUAACUCAGUUUGAGGUAGAAGAGCUGGUAUUAUCUCCUUUGAAGGAUCCUAUCAAUUUCCCUGAGCUAGGCAAGGAAGUUCAACAAAAGAAAAAGGGUAAGCCUGGUCGGCCUCCAAAAGGGGCAAAGCACUUCAAAGGAUUGGAUUGAAGUGAAGCCUCAAACUCAGGGGGGUUAGGAGAAAGUGCAGUGAAUUUCAAAAGAUUGGAUUGAUGCGAUGAAACUGUUGGAUCACAAAGUAUUGGGGCCAUGGUUUACCUGGUCCAAUAAACAAGUUGCCAAUCC